UGGACGGAAAUCUUCGCCUAAACUUUCUAGGCGUCCCGUGAAACAAUGUCCGCGGUUACAGCCAGGCACUACAUAAAACCAGACUCUAUUCUGUCAGCAUUUUUACACCUUCAUUCAGAAAUAACAUCAUGUCCUGGACUCAUUUGAUUCGCUUUAUUGCCAAGGAAGACGCCAAGGUCCAUUUGGGUCAACUUGUCGACACUGCUCGUGAUAUUGGUUUGGACAGUAUCUCCGGACAUCCCAUCACUGCCUACGAGGUACAAGGAAGUGUUUUUGAUGGCAAGGUUACAGGAAAGGAGCUUACAGUCCAGCAACUGCUUUGUCCAAUUACCCGAGACCAAUGCGACUACAUUCGUUGCGUUGGACUUAACUACAAAGAUCACGCCGAGGAAGCCAACCUUCCUCUUCCCAAGGUCCCCAUCCUAUUCAGCAAGCCUCGAUCAGCCCUAAUUGGUCCCUACCCAGAAGCCGUUAAGAUUCCAAAGUGUGCACAAGAUGAAACAAGUGACUACGAAGCAGAGCUCUGUGUCAUCAUUGGAAAAACUGGAAGAGACAUUAAAGAAGAGGACGCAUACAAUUAUGUUUUGGGUUAUACUGCAUCCAACGAUAUCAGCGCUAGAAAGCUUCAACUUUCUCAAAGUCAGUGGUGCUUUGGCAAAGGUCUUGAUGAUUCUAUGCCCAUUGGUCCUGUGGUUGUGUCGCCUAGUGUUAUUAAGGAUCCCCACACUCUCUCCAUCAAAGCCAUUUACAAUGGUACUACCGUCCAAAGUGGCCACACACAAAAUAUGAUCUUCACCAUUCCUCAAAUGAUCGCAUACUUUUCCCAAGGAACCACCCUUGAGGCGGGUACUAUCAUUGUCACCGGUACUCCUGCUGGUAUUGGAAUUGUCAAGAACCCCCGUGUGUUCCUUGAGGAUAAAUCAGACAUUCGAGUUGAGAUUGAGAAUAUUGGAACAUUGAUAAAUAAGGUUGAAUAUGAAUAAACUUUGUUGGCUUAGUCUGAUUACAACAGAAACUAUUUAGAUAGCGCCAUUAAACGUAAAUGCCUCUUGAGCAAUAAACAAGCACCUUUUCUUUUCAA